AUGCCAGCGAAAAAGAAAGGGGGGCGUGGAAAGACAAUCAACCUUGUGGACUUCAACGAUGAGUACAUCCCCGAGGACAACUUAGACUGGGCGGUGGAGGCUCCACGGGAAAAGACCCAGGAUGAGGUGGUGCAGGAGAAGCUCGCCAAGCGGGACUACAGCCGUACAGCAAAGAACGCACUUGUGGAGAAAAGCGGGUUUCGCGAUAUCCCAAGCGAGCAGGUCAACGGUGCCAGAGGUGUGGAUGACCUCCAGCCGCCAUUCGUGGCACACUUUGGCAACCUUCGCAACGGAACCACCGAGGAGGAGUUUCUGCGCAAUUUCCACGAGGAUUGUAUUGUCACCUCACGACUCAUUAGCCAGGAUGGAAAGAGUUUUGCGUUUGUGGAGUUCAAAACGGCUCAGGCUCUCGCCAUCGCGCUUGCCAUGGAUCAGACCAUGGUAAAGGGCCGCAAGCUUUACGUAGACUUAGCCACGCAGAAACAAGUGGAGCGGCUUCACGGACACAGUGGGCUUUCACGACAAAAUGCAGGACAGUCACAGCAAGGUGCAGGGUUGCAGCAGAUAAACUUUACCCGCGACGCAUUUGGUUCCACGCAAACCACGGAACGAGAGACUGGAUCGCGAUCUGGGUUUGGCUCCAGGAACGAUCUCCAUAUGCUAGCUGAUCUUUCUCGCGACACGUUGGGAGCUGCUACCCGAAGACCUGAGGGUGUGGCAAGUCCGCUAGGUCCACCGGAUUUCUCGAGCUGGCGAAAUGAGGGCCCCGUGGUGCAGCCUGACUUUCAUCCAGGCUCGCGUGAGAGCCGCAGAAGCGAUGCCGAGCUCGACCGUCGAGGCGGCACAGGCGGUGGUCGCAACAGCAAGCGGCAGAGCCCUGUCGCGGCAGGUGGUCUGGCAAACUGGCGUGACGAGCCCGUGACGCAGCCGCCGCCACCACCACCAACUGCGCCUGGAACGGGCCAUGGAGGAGAAGUCAGCAACAACGAUGGUAAUGAGGGCUCCAGAGGAAGUUGGCCACGCGAUGGGGCUGGGCGCGGGGGUCACCGGGGCCCACCGAAGCCCUCAGUGGCACCGAGGGACGACAGCAAGUGGGAGGCGCUCCGUCGUUGA